ACUAGUACGAAGGACCUGUCGGCAUUAUUUGCUUAUUCAAGUGAUGCAGCGACUUUACCCAUCUGAUGUUGAGAAUGUUAAUUGGACGGGGGAUAAGGGUAGCCAGACUCUAUCCACAUCUACCUAAGACAACACACAACACUUUGUUAACAGCACACAGCAGAGCAAAGCCUAUACUAUUGCAAGCUAGGAUGGCCUCUAGCAGUAGUGACGACCAAGCCAGUGGCAGUAUGGAGGCGGGCAACAACAGACUUGCGCAAGAGAAAUCACCCUACUUACUACAACAUGCCAGCAACCCUGUAGACUGGUAUCCUUGGGGUCAAGAAGCCUUUGAUAAAGCUAGAGUGGAAAACAAACUCAUCUUCCUUUCAGUUGGUUACUCAACAUGUCACUGGUGUCAUGUGAUGGAGAGGGAAUCCUUUGAGAACGUGGACAUUGGAAAGCUGAUGAAUGAACACUACGUCAGCAUCAAGGUGGACAGAGAGGAGAGACCAGAUGUUGAUAGGGUCUAUAUGACAUUUAUUCAAGCUACUGCUGGAGGCGGUGGUUGGCCGAUGAGCGUCUGGUUGACCCCUGACCUAAAGCCCCUGAUGGGGGGUACAUAUUUCCCCCCUCACGACAGGUUUGGCAGACCAGGGUUUCCUACAAUUCUACAGUCAAUUGCCAGGCAGUGGGGGGAAAACAGAGAAGCCCUUGAACAGCAAAGCACUAAGAUCAUAGAAGCUCUGCAGGCAGCGGUCAAGGUCAAGUCCACCAGUGACCCUUCACCCCUAGGGACAGAGGUCAUGGAGAAGUGCUUCAAGCAACUCACAGAUAGCUUUGAUAACCAGUAUGGCGGGUUUGGAGGAGCUCCUAAAUUUCCUCAACCAGUGAAUUUCAACUUCCUGUUUAGACUGUAUUCAAGUCCCCCUGGUGAGAGUGAGAUAGGUGAGAGGGGGCUUAAGAUGUGCUUACAUACCCUGAAGAUGAUGGCUAAAGGAGGGAUACACGACCAUGUCAGUCAGGGUUUUCAUCGGUACUCCACCGAUCGUUUCUGGCAUGUACCUCACUUUGAGAAGAUGCUGUAUGAUCAGGGACAGUUAGCAGUAGCAUACCUAGAUGCAUAUCAGAUUACCAAAGAGGCUGUUUUUGCAGAUGUGGCUCGAGAUAUAUUAGAGUAUGUUGGUCGAGACUUGAGUGACAAAGCAGGUGGGUUCUACAGUGCAGAAGAUGCUGACUCACUGCCUGCAGCGGAUGAGACUCACAAGAAAGAAGGCGCUUUCUGUGUCUGGACGGACACAGAGGUUAGGACGCAUCUGAGUGAUAUGGUGGAAGGAUCUGACUCGGUCACGUUAGCAGAUGUGUUCUGCAAGCACUAUGACAUCAAAACAGGAGGCAAUGUGGACUUUGAACAGGACCCCCAUGGUGAGUUGAAGGAUCAGAACGUACUCAUAGCUCGAGGUUCUGUGGACUCUACUGCUUCGAUGCUCGGUCUGACCGAAGGGACGGUAGAGGCAGCAUUGGAGACGGCCAGGAGGACACUGCAUGAAGUCAGGUUAGAGCGCCCUCGUCCUCACCUGGAUGAUAAGAUGCUCACAGCGUGGAACGGGUUGAUGAUAUCUGGGUUUUCAAGGGCAGGGCAGGUGCUUCAAGCCCCAGAGUUCACACAGCGAGCAGAACAAGCGGUAACCUUCAUCAGGCAGCACCUGUACGACCCUUCCACAGGCUGCUUGCUCAGGAGUGCCUAUAGGAACAAAGAGGGAGACAUUGCUCAAAUCCCCAUUCCAAUCCAGGGUUUUGUAGACGACUACUGCUUCUUGAUCAGAGGCCUGCUGGAUCUUUAUGAAGCUAAUUAUGAUGAGCAGUGGAUUGAAUGGGCAAGUCAGCUCCAAGAGAAACUAGACGAGUUGCUAUGGGAUACAGAGAAUGGUGGAUACUUCUCCACUACCGAUAAAGACUCCUCCAUCCUCCUCAGGUUAAAGGAAGACCAAGAUGGUGCAGAGCCCAGUGCCAAUUCAGUAGCCUGCAUGAAUCUCCUGAGGCUCUCUCACUACCUGAACAGACCUGACUACCAGGAGAAGGCUUCCAAGCUCUUCUCUGUCUUUGGAGAGAGACUGCAGAAGAUACCCAUAGCAUUGCCAGAGAUGGCCUCGGCACUGCUCUUCCAAGAAAGCACAGCCAAGCAGAUCAUCAUCUGUGGUGACCCGCAAGCAGAGGACACCAGGCUGCUCCUGCAGUGUGUCCAUACUCACUACCUACCCAACAAAGUCCUCAUCCUCACUGACGAAGGCCAGACAUCCGGCUUCCUAUCGUCACGCCUAGACAUCCUCAAGACACUCCAGAGGAUAGAUGGGAAGGCUACGGCGUACGUGUGUGAGAACUACCAGUGCCAGCUGCCUGUCAACAGCGUGGAUGACCUCUCAGACUUGCUGAAGAAAUGAACAGCUUGCAUUUAAGUGAUGUCCCACUUUCAUUCGACCCUAGAAAAUUUCUCUUAUUUAGGGGCUCAGUUCAAAUUUUGGACAAGAAUUUUGUCCCUAGAAGGAAAUUUUAAGGGCUAUUUGAGG